UUGAAGGAACCGGUGGACUUUAAAAUGAUUUGGAGUCUAUUUGGCCUGAGCUUUUUAAAUAUUUUAUGGUCUUUUCUGGCUUGUUGUUUUCUUGUAGCAUUGUGUGUCCACAACAUCUGGAAAAAAUACGAAACAUGUCGUCUUUAUGUGCUGUUUCAGGAUCUUAUUCGCUACGGAAAAACGAAAACAAACUUGAAACGAGAGAAAUGGCUGCGUGUCUUUGACGUCCCUAAAAGGUGGUUCUGGCAAUUCUAUGCCAUCUCUGUUUGUUGGAAUGGUUUCCUUCUGGUCAUAAACCUGAACCUCAUUUUCCAGCACCAGUUACACCUAUCCUGGCUCAGUGGAAUAUCAGACAUCCUAUCAGUUGUAUCAAGCACUGAUAAUCAGGUUCCACAGCUAUCUACUCUCAUGGUGCAGCUGCUGCUCUGGAUCCACUCCCUCAGGAGGCUACUCGAGUGCCUGUGUGUCAGUGUUUUUUCUAAUGGAUCCAUGCAUUUGGUGCAGUAUGUCUUCGGUUUGGCGUAUUACAUCAUCCUGGGGUUGACUGUGCUCUUCUCAGAUCAUGGAGUAAAAGGGUCUGGCAGCCUUCUCCUUCAGAUGGACUGGUUUCAUGUGGCUGGAUUUGGACUUUUCGUUGCAGCCUCACUGCUGCAGCAUCAAUCCACGGUCCUGCUGGCCAAGCUCCGCAUGGGGAAGUCAGGAACAGUAGAGACGCUGGCUUACAGUAUGCCAAAGGGAGGCUGGUUUGAGUUGGUUUCAUGUCCACAUUAUUUUGCUGAGCUGCUGAUCUACAUCUCACUGUCUUUGGUUUUGGGAGGCCUGUCGCUAACCUGGUGGCUUGUUGUCCUUUAUGUGCUCUUCAACCAGGCACUGGCAGCACAGCUCUGUCAUGACUUUUAUGUUAGCAAAUAUGAGUUGUACCCAAAGCACAGAAAAGCUUUCAUACCUUUUGUGUUUUAAAUGGCUGUCAUUGGUGUGUUGUGAUAGAAGUCAUACACAUGUUGUAUGAGUUAAAUUUACUGCCAACUUGCUAAUAUAAUUUAAAAGACCAACUUUCAGUCACAUCAUUCCAAUCCAAAGAUGACAGAAUUUGACAGACAGUAUACAUUUUUGGUAACAGACAGAAACCCCAACCCUCAGAACUGCUGCUGCAAAUGUAUUAAAAAAUAUAUAUAUUGAAAGCAAUUAAAAAAUCAUAGUCUGGAAAGAAACAGUGACUGCUAUACUGACAUAGCAGUAUAAAGUAUAAAGGGAAUUGGAUCUUGUAUUAUUCAGUAAUAAAAUUAAUCACUGCACUGCAUGUCAGUGUGAGAUAUUGUCAUUACUAUGUAAUAAGAAGUCAUUAUCACCACUGUUAUUUAUGUUUACAGUACCGCAAUUGUAUAUUAUAUUUAGAUUAGUCUAAUAGCUCUAUUAAAGGCAGAGCAUAUUAAUACAACUGUGAUGACUGUAUAUUAUAUUAUUAUUGGACUGUACUGCCACACUAUGUAUUGUGCACAAUAAAUGAUUAUGUAUACAAUA